AUGAACAACAACAUAAGAAAAAAAAUAGUAGGUAAACACUGGAACGGGUUCCCCUUUUUAAGUAGUGAAAAAGUGAAGUUUGAUCAUCAUGAGAGUAUAGGAAGAAAGAGCAGAAGAGAGAUUCAUAUGUUCUUCAUUAAUGAGAGAUAUAACAACACUUAUGGUAAAUAUUAUAAUUUAAAAUAUGAACAUGAUGAAAAAGGGAAAUUCAAAAUAGUGUUGUUAGAUAUUGAAAAGAGUGAAAAUAAGAGAAUAAAGAAAAAUAUACAUAAUUCAUUGAUUGGUGGGAUAUUGUUAUCAUCCAUGUCUAUAUGUUUAAUUGAAUUUGAUGUGAUUACAAGUAUGUAUGGUUAUUUAUUAUGCACAGGAUUGUUAGCGUUUUACACGAGUUACCUUUAUUUUUACAAUUCAGUUAUUUUAAGAGCAGUCUUAGAUUAUAAAAACAAGCAUUUGUUACUUUAUCCAUUUACAAUAUUUAGAAUGAAUGAGGGAGGGGAAGAUGAAGAAAAAAAAAAAAUUCUACCCCACGAAAAAAAAAAAAAAAAUAUAUUUCAAAAAAAACAAAUAAUUUUAUCACUUCACGAAAUAGAACAAGUGUGCAAAGAUAGAAAAUAUAUUAAAAUAUAUUUAAAAAAGAAGAAUUUGUUUUCCUUACUUUUUAAGUAUAAUAUGAUAUUGCCUUUUUUUAUUCCUCGAUACAAAUGCUCCGAGACAAAUAAGCCCAUGAAUAACACAGAUGUUUUGUAUCCUUACGAUUUCAACAACUUUAAUAUCAGUGCAUUUUGUUAUAAUAAGAAACAUGGAAAAGAUGAAUCGGUUUCUUCUAUUCCUCGUGUGAAGAAAAAUGUAGAUGGAUAUCCCCAAGAUGCAAUGGAGGAAGCUAAGUUACUUUCUCUGCUCCGGAUGGAGGAAUCCCUUGUCAAGUAG